AUGGGCGAUCGGGCGCAACUACUCUACGAAUCACGGCAUUAUCGCCUAUGCGCAGAAGGAGAGGCGCAGUGCCCCAGGGACGCGGGCGCGUGGCAUGUGUACGACGGCGCAAAAUUCAUCCAAGAACCAAUCUACCUCGCGACCAUGCCGAACGGCCAUGGCGCGCCGACUGACACGGAGCACGUGGCUUGGAACAUUGGGGAGCAUCGGUGGGACCGCGAGCAUCUGUCGGCUGAGUCCUUGGACCACGACGACGAAGAAGAGAGUGAAGAAGAUGAAGAAGAAGUGAGCACCACUAUGUCGCGAGGAUUCCAACCAGGGGCAGCUCCCACCCGGGGGGGAAAGAGCACGGCGACCGCGGCGACGGCAAGGACCGCGAUGCCGAAGGCUGCGAAGAAGGACCACAGGACGCCGUGA